CGCGUUCUGGAAAGAAUUUUCUUUUUCCUAAUAAUUUAUUUAUUUAUUUAAUUUUAAAUCCUGUGAGAUGCAAACGAAACCAAGGCACCCACAAGAUGGCCUGCACAAACGAUAUAAAACGCGUCUGGCGAGCAGUACGGUCGGUGGAGGUAAAACGGUGACCGAAUCAAGAAUUUAGCGGUGGUGGCGAGAAGUACAAAUCUUUUACUCCUAUUCUUAAUUCUCUUUCUAUUUCUUUCCUUCUCGAUUUCCCUUCUGCCAUCGAAGCCCCGAUCCCUGAAAAAGAGGAAAGGAACGCGGUUUGCUUUGACUGCACGGUUGAAACUGAAUGUUGAUGUGUACCAGAUUUGCUAGGUUAAAACAUCAUACCUUUUAAAUAAUUCAAGGGAAUAUGCGUGACCCUUUUGAAGUGCAACGAAAUGUGGUUAAUGCAGACCGACGAGCACCAAAUGAACUUAUGUCACCUGAUCUGAUGCCAUCUGGUACUAGCAAUGUGCUUGGAAAUGGUGAUGCUGGAUUUGGGAUUCCAACCUCUGAUUCUUUAAUCAGGCAUCAAAUCCAAAGAGCUUCUGGUCCAGGGAAAUCAAGAGGAGAUGAAUUUAAUAAGCAUUUAUUGGACCCAGAGAUCAUGGAACUUUACUAUAGAUCCCGAUCACAGGAAGAAGAGAUCCUGCUACUUCGCAAGCAAGUUGCUGAUGCCUUUGUAAAAGAGCUUCAGUUACUGAAUGAGAAGCACAUUUUAGAGAGAAAGCUAUCUGAGUUGCGGAUGGAACUUGAUGAGAAACAGGAUGAUGCCAUAUCGAGUACCGUGAAAGAGCUGACUAAGAAGAAAAAUUGUCUUGAAGAGAAUUUAAGACUAGCAAAUGAUCUAAAAGUUGUAGAGGAAGAGCUACAUAUAUUCACUUCAUCGUUGCUAAGCUUAUUAGCUGAAUUCAAUAUUCGACCCCCGAUGAUGAAUGCUUUCACAAUUGGUAGUGGUGCUAAGCGUUUAUACCAUCAUAUGCACUGGAAGAUAAGAUCUGCGAAUGCUGGUUUUGAUGAUAUAAACCAUCUGGUAGGAAAUCAACCUAGUAAUCUGACAGCCAGUUAUGGUCAUCAGCCUUCAAGUUCUUCAAAAAGUCAACUUUCUCAACCAUUCAUGGGGUCAAAAGUGAACGAUUUUCCUCAAUACAAUUACUAUCCAAUGGAUAUGCACGUCGAAGCAAGAUCUAACCAGUCAAGAUUUAUUCGAGACUAUGACAUGCCAUUAUCCAAUAAUGACAAGCCAAGGGAGGUUGGAGGUACUUCUGCUCCUAAUUUUUUUGAAGAUAAUACUGGUGAGUCAUACAGGAAAUUGAUGACUGAUUCCCAAUUUUAUAUGCCUCCCCCACAUGACAAUCAAGCAUCCUCUGUUUCAGAAGCAGGUGAGGCGUCUCUACCUGGUAUAGAAGGAUUUCAAAUUAUUGGUGAGGCAAAACCAGGAAACACAUUAAGAGCAUGUGGUUAUCCAACAAAUGGUACAACUCUUUGUAUCUUUCAGUGGGUUCGUCAUCUUCAAGAUGGUACUAGGCAGUAUAUUGAAGGAGCCACUGUCCCGGAAUAUGUGGUAACUGCUGAUGAUGUUGACACACUUCUUGCUGUAGACUGCACACCCAUGGAUGACAAUGGUCGUCAGGGGGAAUUGGUGAGGCAGUUCGCCAACAAUCAAAACAAAAUAACAUGUGAUCAAGACAUGCAGCAAGAAAUUGAAGGCUAUAUCUCUUCAGGGAAAGCUCAAUUUAACGUGUUAUUGUUGAUGGAUUCAUCCGAGGAUUGGGAACCAACAACUUUGACUUUGAAAAGAUCUAGCUAUCAGAUUAAGGUAUCUCGUACAGAAGCAGUGGUAGUGGAAGAAAAAUAUUCGCCUAACUUAUAUAUCAAAGUUCCUUGUGGACACUCAACCCAGUUUGUGUUAAUUUCUUUUGAUGGAGCUAACCUACCAUUCUGCACGGAUGGGAUGUCUCAGCCAUAUUACUUUGAAAAUGAUGUUCGAUUGCGGGACAUUAUCGUGAUGACCAUGAGAUAUUUCCAGUCUAAGGCUUUAGAUGGUAAAAAGAAAGGCAAGAUUUAGGCAUCAUCAUCAAUUUUGAAAGUUUUGGAGAAGCUCAGUGAUUUUUUAUAGAUAUUUUAAUCACAAAGGACAUAUUUUGUAUUGCAAUGAUGCGUACAUGUAAAUGAAUAUUCUCUCAUAGUUAGUAUUGUAUAUGAAAACAAUAAUUCCGAGUUCUUCAAAGAACUGUGUAUCAUGAACAUGUAUCUUAAUAGUGGCAAUUGUUCGAUCUUUUGUAUUCAAUAAAAUUUAUGAUCGUCAUCCUUGAAUGGGG